AUGCACGAAGAGAUUGACAACCUGAAAUCCCUUUACGACCGUGCCGGGAAGACUUUCUCCGGCUGUCCUUCUGCGGCACAGGAUGUGCCGCGUCGUACUGCUCAACCAGACCCAGUACGUCAAUCAUCAGUUGGGAGCGGAGCUCCCAAGUAUCCCAGGACGGGGGAUAACCGCGCCGCCGGACGAGAUAGCGCUGGCCACCGCGAGAGUCCUCUAAAGGAGGUGGAGGAGGAGGAGGAGAAAAGACGCUCUCCAAACUAUCGUGAGGGAGCGUGUGUUUUCGAGAGCCUUUUUGAUCGCGUAACUAUUGCGUUGCGCGGCGACCUCGAGCAUGAGCGGGACAGGCGUCUCCAACUGGCGGAAACUGUCUUGAAGCAUCGAGCUGAGUUUGCCUUUGCUCAGCUUGAGAACGAGAGAGCGUUGGCAUCUCUGCGUGACGAGCUAAGGGUAGCUCGUGUAGAUAUCGACCGAUCUCGGGCUGAGAUAACUGCUUUUCAGACCCUUGUUGAUAUCCAUCAUCGGAAGCACAAGGCUCUCUGUGAGAUACUUGAGCGCAAGGGCGUUCUUCAUCAGAAGAAACAGCGUACUUAUGGUACGGCUUAA